GCAGAGUCUCGUCCCAGACACGCUACCCGUCUCAUCUCCCAUCCAUCCAUCCACUCCACCACCGUCUCAACUUGCCUCACUUUCACCCAAUACUCUCCAAGAAAGGGGCCGACCGAGACUGGACAAAGUUGGGAUAAGAGUGAAGAAGAAUUGAGAAGAGAUUUUAUUGAGAAGAAAUUUAUUUUAGUGGAGUUUCGGAAACUUUUCAAAAUACGGAAUUGAUCAGAAAUAUAUAUUCGUAAAUAAACUAGGAUUUUAAGAUUUAGAAUGCAUCCCAAAGCAUCGUCACCUUCCUCUCAGACGUCGACGUGCAUCCAUUGGUCGUCGUCAUCGUCGAUGCCACCCAUGUCGAAAGUCCUGCUCGUGACGUUGGCCAUGCUGACGCUGUACAGCGUGCUGGUCAGUGGGGCUGGCUAUUUGGGUCCGCGCUACGGCAAGAGGCUGCCACUCCCGAUGCAAGGUGGAGAAGUGAGUCGAAUCGUGGGACGUUCCUCCGGACCAAGAACGAUACAAUCCCGUUCUCAAGCCAGGUUUUAUGCUGGCAGCCGAUACGGUGGGAAGCGCAGUUAUUGGCCCAGUUUGAUGCAGAGUGAUGUCGAUUCAUCACUUGAUUCCGGAGCUAAUAAUGCAUCCCCGUACGAUUGCGUUUACUUGCCGUACGUCGGAAUUCGGUGUGGCGUUCUCAGGUCUGAAUCAGCAUUCAGUUCUGGCGGAAGUGACCACGACCCCGCGGAAGACAUGGAAAUGUCGCCGUCUUCUUCUUCAUACGGCGGGGGGUCACCUUCCCUCACCCGAACCAGCAUUAUCGACACCGUUCCCUCGUCCGGAUCCGGCAGCUCGGAUAACUAACUUAUCAAUCUGUCAAAAAUUUCAAAAAAUGCAUUUUUUCAUAAAAAAAUAUUCAAAAAAA